GCAGCAGCGGUUCGUGUUUUCGUAUUAAAUUUCGACAAUUUUGCUGUAAAAGUGAAAAUGUCCUCGUCGCAAGUACCCGCAGGGGCGAAUCCUAAAAUUAAGGAGAUGAUUACGUCUUUGGACGAUGAUAAAAUUGAUAUGCUAGCAGCCACCAGUGUGCUGCAACAGCAGGCCACCGAUAUACGAACACAACAUGUGAACUGGCAGUCGUACUACCAGUCCCAAAUGAUUUCGCAAGAAGAUCACAAGUUUAUAACUGCGUUCGAUGUUUCGGACAGUGCCGCUCGCGAAAAACUGCUCAAAACUGACCGGAACCAAUGCGCACGUACGUUCUUAAACCUGCUCGGCCACGUCUCAAAAGACCAAACUCUUCAGUACAUCCUGAUCUUAAUUGACGACAUGCUGCAGGAGGAUCGGACACGAGUCGAAAUCUUCCACGAGUAUGCCGCCAGAACAAAGGAGAGCGUCUGGGGGCCGUUUCUGAACCUACUCAAUCGACAGGACGGUUUCAUAACGAAUAUGACGGCACGAAUUAUCGCUAAAAUCGCGUGCUGGGCGCAGACGCCCAUGGAACGAUCAGAUUUAAACUUUUAUUUAGCUUGGUUGAAAGAUCAACUGAAAGUGCAGUUUAAACUUCUAAAGGAAGCGCAAGCUAAUUCAAAGGUAUAUGGCGAAGAAGCACCUUCAGAAACGUACACCGAGGUGUCUUUCAGCAUUGACGAUCAGCGGCCUUCUAGUUAUCAUUUAACGAACAACGAGUACAUUCAAUCGGUGGGGCGCUGUUUACAAAUGAUGCUUCGCAUUGACGAGUAUCGCUUUGCGUUUGUGUCCGUCGACGGCAUCUCGACGUUACUCUCCGUUCUUUCGGGACGAGUAAACUUCCAAGUACAGUACCAACUUAUCUUCUGCUUGUGGGUGCUCACCUUCAAUCCGCUGCUCGCGGAGAAGAUGAACAAAUUUAACGUCAUUCCGUUCCUCGCCGAUAUACUCAGCGAUUCCGUAAAGGAAAAGGUUACUCGAAUUAUUCUGGCGGUCUUUCGCAAUCUAAUUGAAAAGCCGGAGGAUAGCCAAGUGUCGAAGGAACAUUGCAUCGCCAUGGUACAAUGUAAGGUUUUGAAGCAGUUGACAAUUCUGGAGCAGCGCAAGUACGAUGACGAAGAUGUGUCUAGCGACGUGGAGUUUUUGACCGAGAAAUUACAAUCGUCUGUACAGGACCUGAGCUCGUUUGAUGAAUACGCAACCGAAGUGAAAUCUGGACGUUUAGAGUGGUCUCCCGUACAUAAAAGUAAAUUUUGGCGCGAGAACGCUCAGCGUUUGAACGAGAAAAACUACGAGCUGCUGCGCAUUCUUGUUCACCUUCUCGAAACUAGCAAGGAUGCGUUGGUGUUGAGCGUUGCCAGUUUUGAUAUAGGCGAAUAUGUUCGUCACUAUCCCCGCGGAAAACAUGUAAUCGAGCAGUUAGGUGGUAAACAGUUAGUGAUGCAGUUGUUGGCCCACGAAGAUCCAAAUGUUCGUUACGAAGCACUGUUAGCGGUUCAGAAAUUGAUGGUUCAUAAUUGGGAAUAUCUUGGAAAGCAGUUGGAGAAGGAACAAAGUGGAGAUUCCAAGGCAGCUCCUCCAAUUUCCGGCAAAUCCUAAUUUCCUUAAUGUUGUUUGUAUAUAAAAGUGUAUAGUCAUAUGUACAGUUAUAAUUGUUAAGCUUUUAUUAUUGGUGAAAACAUGUUAAUUGUUAGUGUACUUUUUACAGUAUUAAGUGUUCAACUCAAAGAUGUAGAAUAUGGUUUAAACAGAUUUUGGUUGCUAUUUUAAUUUGUAACUAUUUGCUGUUAAUACCACCAACAUUCCAAUUUUACUGAAAAUCGGAUACAGUAUGGCAUAAAUUGUGUCAAGCUAGACUUUGAAGAGUAUAGACAUUUGUUAGAUAAAUUAAUAAAAUGUUUCUUAGUGUUUUA